CCAUUUUGGAUUUAGUGUAGUGCCAGUUGGGGGGGCGGUGACAUAUUUUCUUGUCGUCGUCCUUUAAUUAAUUUCAUAAUUUUAAUAUAAAAAGAUAACUAGUGAUUCUCAGUGUAAAAUAAGUAGUUUAUGUCAGGACUGAGCGUGAUGAUGGCGGGACAGACAAUAAACGAUAGGCUCCUUGCCGCUCGCCAUAGUAUUGCGGGGCAGGGAUUAGCCAAAUCUGUAUGUAAAGCCACAACCGAAGAAAUGAUUGCACCGAAAAAGAAACAUUUAGAUUAUCUAGUCCACUGCACAAAUGAGCCGAACGUGUCCAUACCACAGCUAGCUAACCUCCUCGUCGAGAGGACACAGAACACAAACUGGGUGGUGGUGUACAAGGCGCUGAUCACCGUACACCAUCUGCUGGCGUAUGGGAAUGAGAGGUUCACGCAAUAUUUGGCGUCGAGUAACUCGACGUUUCAACUAAGUAAUUUCCUAGAUAAGAGCGGGGUGCAAGGCGCCGCCGGUGCCAGAAUUGGCUAUGAUAUGUCACCGUUCAUACGGCGCUACGCCAAAUACCUCAACGAGAAGGCACUAUCCUACAGGACUGUCGCCUUCGACUUCUGCAAGGUUAAGAGGGGCAAAGAGGAGGGCUCCCUCCGCAUGAUGAAUGCAGACGAGCUGCUAAAGACCCUGCCAGUGCUGCAGGCUCAGCUGGAUGCUUUGCUGGAGUUCGAUUGCACGGCGAACGACCUGACCAACGGCGUCAUCAACAUGUGCUUUAUGUUGCUGUUCAGAGAUCUCAUUAGAUUAUUCGCGUGCUACAACGAUGGCAUAAUCAACCUGCUGGAGAAAUACUUCGACAUGAACAAGAAGAAUUGCCGCGAGGCUCUCGACCUCUAUAAAAAGUUCCUCAUCAGGAUGGAUAGAGUUGGAGAGUUCUUGAAGGUGGCAGAAAACGUGGGCAUAGACAAGGGCGACAUACCGGACCUGACGCGCGCGCCGAGCAGCCUGCUGGACGCGCUCGAGGGGCACCUCGCCACGCUCGAGGGCAAGCGGGGCUCCGCCGCCAACACGCCCACGCAGACCGCCAGCGCGCAAAAGAACGUGGCGAACGUGAUGGGCGCGCUGUCGUCGACGUCGUCGUCGUUCGGCAACGCGGCGGCGGCGGGCCGCAUCGACUCGCACGCCAACGGCUCGCUGCUCAUCGACGACUCGCUGCGCCAGCAGGCGCUCGCCGAGGAGGAGGCCGCCAUGACGCAGUACAAGGUACACUUGUUCCAAGGCGAGGGGCUCACUGGCGAGGAGGACGUCACUCAGAUAUCAGAAUUGUUUAACAAAGUCCAAUCUCCGACGAACUCGGCGAACAACCCGUUCCUGUCGUCGCAGCCGCAGCCGCAGACGCAGACGCAGAACAUCGUCGACCUGUUCGGUCCGACGCCGUCUGACACCAAGGCGUCUGACGAUCUGUUGUCCCUGGGCAAUCCGUUCGCGGACAUGUUUGGAGGCGGGCAACCGCAACAGAACGCAACCGCGUGGCAACAGCAGAGCAACGGCUUCGCGGCCACCUUCCCGGCGGGCGGCGGCCCCGCGGCGGGCGGCCCCGCGGCCAGCACGUUCGUCUCUGAGGCUAGCUUCACUAACGUUUUCAGUGGCGGCGACGCGACAGCGGCGAACCCGUUCAUGGGCAUGGGCGAGCCGCAGCCCGCGCGGCCGCCGCCCCCCCACCCGCAGCCCAAGUCCGCCUUCGACGACCUCGAGGACGCCAUGCGCAUGUCGCUGGGCGGCUCGCCCGCGCGCCCGCCGCCCGCGCAGCCGCCCGCGCAGCCGCCCGCGCAGCCGCCCGCGCAGCCGCCCGCCCAACCGCAAGCCCAGCCGCUGGCCCAGCCGUUCGGCGACGUCAUGGGCGUGAUGCAGCCGAUGGGCCAACCGAUGGCCCAGCCGAUGAUGUUCGGCUCGCCGGCCCGCCAGCCGAUGGUGCCGAUGGCAGCUAUGGGUCAGCAGCAGCCGCAGCAGCCGAGCAAAGUGCUCACGGGCGACCUGGACUCGUCGCUGGCGCAGCUCGCUAACAACCUGACGAUCAACAAGAGUGCGACCGCGCAGAAACCAAUGCAGUGGAGUUCGCCGAAGAACGCGAAGCCCGGCGGCGGCUGGAGCCCGCAGCCGAUGCAGGCGACCACCGGCGCUAACUACCGCCCUAUGGGACAAGGCAUGAGCCUAACACCACUGCCACAUACGUUACCCCAUAUGUACCACACCCCACAUUUUGUUAUGCAACAACCGGGCAUGGUAAUGGGCAUGAACGCGUCCCCGAUGAUGGGCAUGGGAGGUAUGCCCAUGCGCCCCCCCAUACCGCCGCAACCAACCAACCACUUCACUUAAAUUGUCUAUGACCCACACACUGUUUACGUCUUCAAACCAUCGAGUAUUUCUAGAAAAUCCCCCACCCUGAAUCACAAUAACAAUAUAAUUACAACAAGAAAAAAAAAUUGCAAGUAUUUUCUCGAAAAAUCUCGAUGGACUUUAUGUUUUGAAUCAAUGGAUUCGCGACUCGAGGGUUUACUUAACAUAGUUAAAGAUUAUAUACGUCACAGAUAACAAACGUGACGGAUCGUAGCGUUGUUUAAUCUGCAUUGUAUAUACGAUUGUACUAGAGACCUUAUGCGCUUAGGUUCAAAGAGUUUAUCAGGUAGGUAGGUGGAUUUUGUUUAGUAUAGAAUUGUUUUGAGUCAUAUGAUUUGUAAAUAUUGGAUUAUAUACGGCGGGCGCUUCCGUUUGGACAUUGUUACGUAUAUUUGGUCGGUUACAACUUGUUUGCGUUUAGGCUUUAAGCUUCGUUAGAUCUUAGUGCGUAACGGUUUUCCUUAGCACUUUAAAUUGAUAUUGUAGGCAUGUGUAUUAUUAUUUUACAUCCGCUUCAUUGCGUAUGAACGUUCUUAUGAAUUUUGAGAUCUAGAAGUGAUUAUAUAAAAUGUCAUUAUCUGUAUCUGUAUUAGCUAAACUUUAGUCAUUUUUAAACUAAAAUAUAUGCACUUCAAAUAAUGUAUUUUGUUUUGGUGCAUAGUUUUAAGUUUGGUUUUCGUUGAAGUCACAUUCCAUACUAGAAAAAUAUAAAAUGGCUUACUAUAUUCAGUUAACCCAUUUGUAGCCUAUGUCCAUAGUUCUACUAAAAUAAUUGUAUUUUUUGCAUCUAGUAAUAGUGUAUUUGGAUAUAAAAUCAUGUUAGUUUGAACCGACUUUGCUCGAAACAGGUGCUCUGCUAUGUUUUGAAGUUUAAUCAUCAUCCUUGUCUGAUAAAAUUAUAUUUUCAAAAGUUUUGUGACCAUACUUUAUAGUUCAUGUAAAGAAAGUUACCAUCGACCGUAUUUUGACUUUUAAAUACUUUCUUUCUUAUAAUUAUUUAGUUUUACAAGAAAGGUUUUAAAAGCAAAUUAUAACUUACGCAUUCAUUGCUCAGUGAAAUUCUCAAUACUUUGAACAAUCGAUGUGGACCAAAUGCCGUCAUGUUUUGUGAUAUUUCUUUAAAGACUGUAGUAAUCGAAAGUAUUAAUGUUUUUUGUUGUGUCUGCUGCUUGAGCAAAGUAUUGGGUCGGUGUUGCCAUGUCACGCUUGACGUUAAAAAAAUUUCAUUUAGCUGGUAGCACUGUCAUGCAGUUUCAUACAAUAAAAACGCGUAAUUUAUGAUAAUAUAGUAAUACGAUAGCAAAUUAUUAAUCUACAUUUCUUCAAGAUUUGAGAUGUACGUAUGUGUAAAUAGGGCGUAGUUGUUUAUCGCAAUAUUCCAUAGGAAUUAAUUGUUACAUACCUUAAUAAAAUUUGAGUGCAUCCUCUACUUUAACGCUACAUAUUUUGUUAUUUGUGCUAUAGGUACGUUAUACGUAGGUGCGGUUGAGAAAUUAGAUGGUCGAUUGCCAAAUCAUAAAGUGCAUGCUCAGUGUAAACAAUUUAUUUUUGCUAUAUUAUUAUUGCACGUGUUAAUGAGAUAAUUAUUUUGGUGAAAUUUUAUCUUAAUAGCCAUCAAAUUUAUUUUUUAUUGUUGGUAUCAGUUUGGUCGAAUGUUGUGCAAUUUUUUAAUUACAAUGGCAACACAACAAUAGUCUUGCCAGAAAAAAAUUUAAUGGUUCUUUUUUUUAAGUUCUUUUACGCUGGUUUUCAAAUAUUUUUCUGUGAUGAAUGAACUCUUUAUUAGUAUAUCGCUAGUAACAUAUGAGUUUUAAAGAUUAUCUUGAUCUUAUUUUGAAUUUAUUUACUCAUUCAAAUCGUUAAGUUGUAUAUUUUUUUGAUUAUGCUAAUCUAUUUUGUCUUAUGAUUUAUUUUAUGUAAAUUUUACAUGUGAUUAUUCACAUGCUAUUUUAUUUGUAGCUCUGUCGUGCCUUGAGAUAUUCAGUUUAUUUAUGUGAAUAAAAAAUUAUUACGAG